AUCCACUCUCUCAUGAAACAGCCUGCGGAGGUGUUUUAGCUGGCUCUCUGACAUGGGCUUCCACCCAGGUCCUAACAGUCACCAGUUGGAGGUCCUGGGGCUGGGGUUCCUUUCUGGCACUUCGGGUAGCGAGCGGGGGGCGACCAGCAGGUGGCGCUGCUCUCGCGUAGUCGUCCAUGGACCCUCCUGGCCCAACUGACAAGUUCACCUGUGCCUGUGUCCAUUCCCACCCAUGCCUCUCUGCAGCGAGUGGGUAUCAUGGCUUCCACGUGGCUGAUGCUCGUGAAUCCAAACCCACCUUUCUUUGUAGGUCACCCACUUCUAGAGUCUUGGUUGCCUGUUGCUGCCUACUUUGCCUUUUUCCCCAGCCACUUCCUAUUUUGUUCUGCACUAGGCAAACCUGAGUGGUCUCAUGGCUGCACAAGCUGCACAGAUGCUCAGGGGCUCUUCAUGGCUCACCUUAGGUGUCCUCACUGAAUUCCUAGGCCUCUGACUUCUCUCUCAUCUCCACCUCACACACUGCCACCAAACUUUCAGGGGUCCAAGCCAUUCCAGAGGCCUGGCCCAUCCCCUGCCGCCACCACCUAGCACUCCUGUCACAUCAUUACAGCUAGGUCUCUCCAGACCUAGUCUACAGUGUCUUCCCAGAAUCAGUGCUGUGUCUCCAUUCACAACUAGAAACGACUUCCACCUUCUUGCCAAAGAAAGCUCAAGGAUUCUUGGGUAUAUAUCCAUCCACCCACCCCUCCAGCCACAGCCCAGUUUAACAUGCUGAUGUCCUGUGUGAGUGUGGCAGUAGAUCCAAGCCUGGACUGCCAAAGGUGUUGGCAUUCCUCAAGGCUGCCAGGGCCCCCGCUGGAUCUGCUGGAGCCUUGUCCCUCAGCUCCCAGGAUUGGAAAUGAUGUCACUGGACUUUCUCCCAUCUCUUUUGUGCCCCCUCAUCCCUACAGGAAAGACCUUGACAGUCCCCCGUCCGUCCGUCCGUCCCAUCUUCCCCUCAAAGCACAGCUGGCUUCAUCCUCUCAAAGAACUGGUGAGCAAACUACUCCAUUUGCACUUCAGGGAUUGCAAGACUAAAGUCAGCGGGGACGCCCUGCAGCUCAUGGUGGAGUUCCUGAGGAUCUUUGUACUAGAGGCUGCUGUCCGUGGAGUCUGGCAGGCCCAGGCAGAGGACCUAGAUGUUGUGGAUGUGGAUCAGCUGGAGAAGGUGCUCCCUCAGCUGCUCCUGGACUUCUAGAGUUCACCCCUGUGAACUAGGCCUCACUAGGCCUGCAAGGUCUAGUGAAUCCACACCAGCAUCAACACCUAGUUCCUGAGCUCUCCAGCUUCUAGAGGACGGGAACAUCCCAGCAGCUGUUACCCUUCCUAGCUGUUGCCUCUAAGAGUCCCUGUGAGACAGGUGCAGGCAAAGGUGAACCAGCCUCCCUCCAGACACAGCUCCCCACCCCCCAGCCUUGCAUUAUAAAUAAAGCAGCUGCUGGCAGUGCCUCCUUCUUGCCACCCUACAUCAAAGCUGCUGUGUAGCCUUUUAACCACCUGACCCCCACCCCUAGGAUGCCUCCCUGAGCUGUAAAUUUGUUCUUACAAAGCGACAUCAAUAAAUCCACACCAUCUCAGA